GCGCGUCCUAAAUUUUAGGGUAGCUGAGAAACGGUGACUGGUAGGAGUUUGUUGAGAAAAGAAGAGAAAAGGUUUAGGAAAAAGAUUAUCGCUGCGAAUGAAGCCGAGGCGAUUGAAGGGCCACGAGGCCGCGGUCACCUGCUGCAUCGCCUCACGGGCCCGUCCGGGGAUCAUCGCUUCUUCCGGCGAGGAUGGUCGCAUCUGCUGGUUUGAUUUGCGGUGCAAGGAUGUUCUGUUUACCAUUGAUUUAGGGGAGCAGCCUGUUUCUUCUUUAUGUUUCAAAGCUGGAAAUGAAGAUAUUGUCUAUGCCUCCUCAGGUACUAAAGUCUUAUGCUUGGACAUUCAUAUGGUCUCUUCUUGGAAGCCAUUGGAAACCUACAACUAUAACAAAGAUGAGAUAAAUCAGAUUGCUUACAGCUCAAAGUCAAAUUUCCUUGCUGCUGCCGAUGAUAGUGGUGAUGUUAAGAUCAUUGACACUAGCCAGCAAUGCCUGUACAAAACCUUAAGAGCGGUUCAUACCAGUAUAUGCAGCAGUGUACAGUUCCUCUCUUGGAAGCCUUGGGCAGCUAUUACUGGAGGACUUGACUCAAAACUUGCUAUGUGGGACUUCUCGAAAGGGCGGCCAUCCAAUGUCAUAGACUAUGGGAUGCCCGAAGUGGACGGCACUGUUUCUUGUGGUAAUGUUGGACAAUGUCUCAAUCCUGCUUUUGUGCACUCAAUAGCAGUUCCUGAAACGGACAUGUUACUGGGAUUGCACAAGGCAUGUGCUGUUGCAAGAGGUGAUGGUGUUGUUGAUGUGAUUGAUCUAGAAUCUGGGCUGGCCACCAUGAAGUCAAAAAAUUUCUCUCAGUCUAAAAAUUUUCAAUCGAGAUCCAAGAAAAGCGGCAUUCAAGCUGCAAAUCAAGCAACUGGUCGAAAUCUAGGGAAGAGGAUUCAACUAGAUUACAGUCUGGGCGGGCAUACUGCUGCUGUAUCUUGCGUAUCUUUUUCAUUGUUUGGGGAGAGAGGCAAGUUUCUUAUUUCGGGGGGAAAUGAUGCAUGUGUGAAGCUGUGGGACUGGUCUAGAUAUUUUUGUGCCGAACAAACAAGCUGCAACAAUGAUUUAAUUUUAAACAUUGAUGUGAAGAAGAAGGUCAAUUGGCUGUGUACUACUACAGCAGAUUCAGAAAACCUUGUUGUAUGUGACACAUCCAAAUUAUUGAAAAUCUAUACUGUCCUUUGAUCAGGGAUUUAGGUUCCAGCGGGACGUCCCAGGACAUCUUGUGGGACACUGGGACAGGAUACCACAGCCUGACCAAAUGGAAAUUAGUUGAAGAUGAAGAAAUUCAAAUCAAGCAAGAUCCUCAAAAUCUCAUUUUUAAAAUCAAUGAUGAGCGCGAUGAUAUAUCAUUUCAGAACAUUGAGCUACCUAUGUUGUAGUAUGGUAGAAGCUCUGACUAGAACGGCACAUUUAUUUCGAGUGCAGCCUUUUCCCUUCUAAUGUGGAAGAAGUUUCGCUUUUUAUUUCACCGAUUGCUGGGAAGUUUGAUAGGCUGGUAUAAUCAUAUUUUAAGCUAAAUAAAUAUUGGCUUUUGAUGAUGGAAUAUAACUAGGUUCUUUAGAUUGAAUUCUCUCGAUGAAUUCUUUCAUAGAAGCUCAAGCUGCCCCAACGGUUGGUGAGUGUAUCUCCUCAUGGUUCUGGUAGCACAGGUCAUGUUUUUGUUUAUGAGAAGUAGCUGUAAAUGGUUACUGUUUGAUGUUUUCUUGUGUUAAUUAUGUAAAAGGACGGAUUUGUUUUUUCAAAGAAUGAUAGAUAAUGAUAAAAUGCAUAGCUGUGAUAUGAUUGUGGCACCAA